GAAGACAAAAAUAAUCUUAAAAAUGAGUACCUAAAAUUACAACAAGAACAGCAACAGCUAAGAAAUGAAGGACCAUCGAUAAUAACAGAAUACAACAAAGAUCCUAUAGAAAUAGGAAUAAACCAAGAAUCAGACUCACCAUACCUAAGACCAGUAGCAAGUAGACCUGGAACACCGAGCUAUAAAGGAAAAACACCAGACUAUGGGUAUGGAAAUGAGGAUAGAGAAAUUAAUAUAUUAGAAACAAAACCA